CAGACCCGGCCAGCGGCGAGCCGGAGGCGCUGGGACCAGGCAAAACCCGACAGCGGGGGAGUUUUUAACAGUUUGAUUGGAACAUGGCAUCCAAAACAAAGACGAGCAAAGAUGCAGAGGCACCCGAAGAAACAAGUGAGACGGAAGAUCCUGUCAGGGAGAGGAAAGUGCAGCUGCAGGAGGAAUGCAGGACCCUCACACAGCACCUGGACACGUACCUGGGCAGAGCCCAGCAGCUCCUGCGGGCCAACAAACGCCUGGAAAAGGAAGCCCAGGGCACUGAGGAGCAGAGCCGGUCCUACCUGUCGUGCCGGGCAAAGCUCAGCCAGGACCCCCCCGGGAUGGUGAUCACCCUGAGCCACCAGAACCGCCAGGAGCUGGCCCGAAUCCAGGCGCAGCGGGAGGAGCUGGUCCCGCAGUACGCCGGCAAGGAGCAGGAGGUGCGCAGCGCCCUGCAGGACACGGAGAAGGAGGCCUCGCUGCUGGGCGCCGAGCUGGGCGAGCUGGAGCCCUGCAAGGAGCAGAAGGCGCAGGCGGAGCAGAAGGUGAAGGCGCUGGAGAGGGAGCUGCGGGUCACCAGGAUCCGCUGCGCCGAGGAAACGCACGGCGUCAGGAGCAGGUUCCUGCGGGACAAGGCGCAGUGCGAGCAGCGCUUCCAGCAGAGGAUGCGGGAGCUCACCUGGGGCGCCGAGGAGGUGGCGCUGCAGGCGCUGAUCCAGCACGUGGAGCAGGUGAAAGCCGAGAACCGGCUGCUGCGCCAGGAGCUGCGGGGGCUCCUGCAGCACUGCCAGCUGCUCCGGGACACCAGGACGCAGCUGCAGGACCAGCAGGAGCAGCUGCUGCGGGAGACACUCUGGUCACAAGGAUCCACGAAAUACGGACUAGAUCCAUAUGGUCAGGAAAAUUAA